AUGCAAUGUGGAAAUGCAGAAGACAGAGCGCAAUGGAAUGCAAGCCUUGAGAAAGAUCUUGUGGACUUGCUUCGUGAGCAUGAUACACCUGAACAUAAGGGUCAAAAUGGAUGGAGCUCUGAAGCAUGGAAUACGAUAGUGAAGAAAUUCCACCAAAAGAAUCCUUAUGCUAGGUACGAGAAGAAGAAAAUCCAAGAAAAGGAGAAAGAGUUAAAAAGAGAAUACAAGAUGAUCAAAGAGAUAAGGAAGCAAAGCGGCGUUUCAUGGGACGACCAGCAGUGCAAGAUUCUAGCGGCUCCACCACUUUGGAAAAACAUCAUCAUAUCACACCCUAAAGCUGGAAAGUUCAAGACAAAGGCCUUCCCUCUUUUUGAAGCUUUGGGAGAAUUGCAUGAUGGCCAAACUGCAGAAGGGACAUAUAACUUCACCUCUAUCGAGUUUGCUCAACCCAAUCACAACUCGAGAAUCUUGGAGGAGCUGGCGAGAAUCAAGGAGAAACAUCAGCUGAUGGUGAGAAUCUUGGAGGAGAAAGGGUGCAGAUUGAUGAAGAUGUUGAGGAGGUGUAUGUGCAAGAAAACAUUGCUGUGGAGCCCCAGCAAACUCAACCAAAUUUGGCUACUGUACCCUCAAGAAAUGGAGAAGAGAAAGAACCAAAGAGACGGAGGGGGGCGAAUGGUGAUGUGGCUGCAAUGA